AUGGCUUUCGACUUCGACGAUUGCCCAGCGCGGACGUGUGUCGUCACCCGGGGCUUUCUUUACAACUACUACGACAUCUCACUUGUCCCAGGGCACAUCAGCCACACCUUUCUGCUCUUGCAUGGCCAUGGUGACUAUUCUUAUGGCUGGCGCACUGUCAUCCCGAAGCUGUUGGCGCAUAACAUCCGCUGCAUAGUGCCAGAUAUGCUUGGAUUUGGGCAGACAAGUAAACCGGUCGAUGUCGACGCUUACAAACUGAAAGUCAUGUCUGAUGACUUGGCGGAGCUAUUAAAGCAUGCAGGCAUCGAUGGUAGAAAGAUCACAGCCGUUGGCCAUGACUGGGGGUCCCAGCUCGCUUCGCGGCUCACACUGCACCAUCCUUCCCUGGUCGCUGGCUGUAUCAGCAUCUCGGCGCCAUAUCUACCGCCCUUGCCUCAGCCAAUGACCCUCGAAGCCUUCACCAACCUGUUUCCCAACUUCUCGUACUGGCAAUUUUUCGCUUCGGAGCGAAGCCACGCCCUUCUUCGCACUCGCAUGCCCAUCUUUUGGAACGCGGUCGUCCGCACCGGCCGCGAGACCGCGGUGCCCAUGUCGGAGGUCGAGCACCGUCUCUCCACCGACAACGCCUCGACGCCUGAGGACUGGAAGGCUCGCCCGAGCCUGUGGGACGAGGAAUCCUUUAUCCACUAUCAGCACACCUAUCUGCGCGGUGGCUGGGAGGGGCCCAUGAACUGGUACCGCGCCUUCCUCCGGAACCAUGACGAUGAGAAACAUUUCCUCGCGGACCCGCGUAUCCAGCUUCCGUUUCUGACCGUCCUCGCUGACAAUGAUCCGGCAGUUCCGGUCGAGAGUGCAGAGGCUUCGAAACCACUACUGCCGGAUGGAGAGUUGGCCAUCAUGACGUGCGGUCACUGGGUCGGACAGGAAGAUGGGCCUGGUUUAGCGCACAUAAUGACGGAGUGGCUCGAUGGUAUUCUGAUAGAGCGCGGAGACAAUGGGGCAAAUUGA